GAGAGAGAGGGGGGGAGAGAGAGAAUAGCAGAGAGAGAGAGGAGAGAGAGCAACGGAGAGAGAGAGAGAGAGAGGGAGGAGAGAUAAGCUCAUACCACUCGUACAGAGGCAAACAGAGUAGACAGGCUUAGCACAUACACAGACAGUGUGUGAGAGUCAUCGGGAGAGAGAGAGAAAGAGCAAUAAAAAGGAGAAGGGAGAAAGAAUCCAGUCACCUGAAGAGCAAAAGAAAAGAGUUACAGGGGUGAAGAGGGGAAGGCAGGUUUUCAAACUCUGUGAACGAAGCAGAGUCAGAGCCCGGGGCACGGAGCAGUGGGGAAGUUGGAAUCCACGCGCUGCCUUGUGGGGGAAUUUCAAUCAGGGGAACGUAAGCCUGCCGAUUCCAGGCAGACAGACACAGGCAUGGAUCCACUGUCAUCAUCUGAAGUCGGGGACGAGACAAAGGAGAGGAAAAAGAUCCAUUUCUCAGUCCCGACCACCGUGCCCACUCAGCUGGACCCGCGGCAAGUAGAGAUGAUUCGUCGUCGGAGGCCCACUCCUGCCACACUCUUCAGAGUGUCAGAAAAUCCAUCCCCUGAGGAGGAGACUGCUACUCACCAGUGGGUUGUGGGGGAGAAUGGAAUCCUCAAGCCGAAGCGUGUCAACCCAAGCGCAUACCAGCCUCCAUCGCUGAAAGCCGUGCAGCGGAUGGCUCAGGCUCACAUGCAGACCCUCGGCGCCUGCCCCACUGUGGAGGACCGCCCCGAGGGGGUGGAGAGCGAGGAGUGCCCCUCCUCUGGAGAGGACAGUGAGGAGAGUGAGGACAGUGAGGAGAGCGAGGAGAGCUCUUCCUCCAGUGCUGAUUCUCAGGCGGAGGUGGGCACCGUGGACAGCCAAACAGAGCGGCUGCCGAGGUCAGAGGCGGCCGGCCUCGGAAGACCCGCCUUCCAGCGCAAUCAAAGAGACACGGAGAGGGAUGAGGACGACGAAGACGACGACGAGGAUGAUGACGACGACGACGACGACGAAGGAGAGGGGAGGAGCAGAUGGGAGUGAUUGACAGAGGGAGCGUGAUAGGAGCAGGAGAGGGGGAGAUGUGUCUUAUGUAGAAAAUGGAGCCGAGAAAAAAAAAUGAAGUAUGAGAGAAUCGUAAGCUCAGUAGCACAGAGGGAACAGAACAGAGCAUUUGUGUGUGAGCUUUGUGUCUGCGUGUGUGCACGCAUGUGUGUGCGAAUGUGUGUGUGUGUGAGAGAGAGAGAGAGAGAGAGAGAGAGAGGAGACAGAGAAAAAGUGAGAGAGAAUGAAUGUCAGUGUGUGUUCGGCAUACCCAUAUGAGCAGGUGUAGAAGGCUCUAGUAAGUAACAGUAUACUUCACAUAGAACUGUUUGCCUACUGUCAGUUUGGAGCUUAUGAGCUUGAAGAAUGUGCUUCUGAAGUCAGGUGGAGGGUCAUAUUUACUUUUCACUGAAACACGAUUACUUUUUCUCAUUCCAUUAUUGAAUGCCUCUUCAUUUAUUCAGACAAGUGACCCUUUGUAACAGAUAGUCCAUUAGCAGAUGGGACACUAACAAUUAACAUUUUUUACACAUUACAUGUUAUUUUUUUAAAACAAUUUUAUGCACACAAACAAGCCCACACAGACACAUAUCCGCACGCAUACACACACACACACACACACACACACGCAAACACACACAUGCAGACACACAAACACACACACACACACAUCCAAUGUAUAGCAAUGAGUUGUUUUGCGUUUGUGGUUAAGAUGUAGGCUUUAAUGAUGUCACACCCAAAACCAUAACCCCACAUUAAAAUUUCAUUUCAGAAUGACCCCUCUUCUUCAUCACAUUUCACUUAAGGUUCAAUUAUUUCAAAUAUAGGUUGUGUGAGUAUGAUUAAUUAAAGACACUAUAUUUGUUAUUUGUCAUAUAAAAUAAUAUUUACUAUGUCCUGUUAUUUCAACAUUCACUUUUCAUACUAUGGAAUUUAAGGCUGACAUUUGCUCCACUAAAACAUUCUUAUCUAUUGCUUUCAGUGAUUAGGUAGUCCAUUGAUCAGUCUAUAGCUCUGUGUCAGCUGUAAUGAUACAAUGACCUGGAUUGUGUGAAUGUCCCAGAUUACUUGUUCUAUGCUCUAGAUUGUGUCAUUGAGUGGUUGCUACCCAGAACUGUGCUGGAGACCUCAAGUGGAUUAGAUAAUAGUAAGAAUGACAGACAUUUCACGUUGCAAUGCUGACCCAGCAUCCUCAUGAAAGAUUUAGACGGAGUCGCUCUAUGUAUACGCCCUGCAUGGUGGGACCCAGUGUUUGUGUGUGUGUGUGUGUGUGUGUGUGUGUGUGCGUGUGCAUGUGUGUGUGUGUGUGUGUGUGUGUGUGUGCGUGUGCAUGUGUGUGUGUGUGUGUGUGUGUGUGUGUUUCCUGACAGUCAGAUCACAGGAACAGGAUGGUAGAGGCAUCUGGAACAGCCGCAGGGGGGGCCAGCUCCUUCUCCCCCCCCCCCCCCCCCCCCCCCCCCCCUUUGGUGUCUCUAAUGGGGUCCUCGCACUCAUUAUUCUGGCUUUAAUUAGAUGCGCUCCCUCUCGUCUUUGACCGAGUUGGAGUCGGUUCUAGUUUACCUUUACCAAAUUCUGGUUGCAACAAGGGUAUGGAGCAACUGGAAGUGAUAUAAGCCGUCUUAGCUUUAGCUUCCUUCUUUCCUCUCCCCAAUAUUGAACUGUUUGACACACUAAAGACCCCUACCAGAGCUUUAUAAAUCCAGAGAAUAAAUACAAGCAUGCUUUUUACCCCUCCAAUCAUCUCUUUUACAAGAUCUUGAUAAGAUUAAAAAAAACAACUAAGCCAGUAAUCCAAUAGAGUGAAAUACUUGGGGUUUUAGCAGUGACCACAGAACUGAGAGAGAGAUAAGUACGCUCUCUGUACUCUCUUUGCCUGUAUUCUGCUGAUGGUACGGAAUACAGGCAAAGCGGAGGUAGGGCAUCAGCCCUGGAAUGGUGGGGUGGGUCUAUUUUUCUUAUGGAUGUUAUUAAAUAAUAGAUGAAUAUUAAAUCGAGUCCUAAAGUUUUUACUGUUAUUGGUAAUACAUCUAGCUUUGUUUCAGGGUUUCCUUCUGAGAAAUGUGUUCAGGUUAGAGACUGUACAUUUUAUGAAGGUCUGUUUUGUACCAUUAUCAGGAUACCAUACCAGACCUAAGAUCAGUUACUGAAUGUUAUAAAUAUAGGAAUUGUUACAGUCAGAAUUGCAGUUUGCUAUAAUCAUGCUCAAUAUGCUGUAGUGAUUACUGUCAUUGAUUACAGUUAUAUUGACAUGUAAUAAAAUGAAUAUUAAAACUCCUA